GACCGUCCUGCAGAGACCGGAGGCCCCCAAAGGGAGCAGAGGCAGCAAAGCUCUUCCAUGCCGGGAAAAAUAAAAUGCCGGCUGUCUCACGGCAUGGCAGAGCCUAAUCUCCAAAGGAUCCUGCAAAGAGGAAAUGGACGUUAGCAUGGCGGACCACUCUGCAGGGUAUCAUUGUCCAUGGAAGUUUCCCACAAAUCAUACCACCACCGUGAGAGAAAAAUGAUUAUUGUUGACUCAAAGCUCGAAAAAUGAGCAGGCGGACUUGCUGGGUGUGUACGAUGUGCAGAAAUGCAUCGAAGAGGCUCCCUUCAAACCUUACUUCAGAGGAAGUGUCACAGUGGGCCCAGUCUUUUGAGAAGUUGAUGGCGACAAAAUAUGGGCCGGUGGUAUAUACGGCAUACCUGAAACUGGAGCACAGCGAUGAGAAUAUCCAAUUCUGGAUGGCCUGUGAGACCUACAAGAAAAUCGCCUUUCGAUGGAGCAGAAUUUCUCGGGCGAAGAAGCUUUACAAGAUCUACAUCCAGCCACAGUCCCCUAGAGAGAUUAACAUUGACAGUUCGACAAGAGAAACCAUCAUCAGGAAUAUUCAAGAACCCACUCGAACGUGCUUUGAAGAGGCUCAAAGAAUCGUGUAUAUGCACAUGGAGAGAGACUCGUACCCCAGGUUUCUCAAGUCGGAGAUGUAUCAGAAACUUCUGAAGAAUAUUCAGCCCAAUGACAAUUCCUGACGACCACUCAGAAGCUUAAACUGAAGGCAGUCUAUUGAGAGUAUUGGCUUAGUUCUUCUAACGUACACACACACAAUGAAAAAGAGGAGGAAUAAAGGACAAGGAAAGGAACUAUAAAUUGAGUUCUAGUUCCCAAAGGGAAACAGAUCUCCAAAGGGAUGGACUGUAGAACUCUGAUCACAUGACUAAUACAAUUUAUGGCAUACAUAAGAAGUGCUCCGAAAAAGGACGGUCUUCCUUCACAACGCCAAUAUUAUAACAUUUUUACUGUGGUCAUCAACUAAUGGAAGUUUUCUUAUUAAUGAAAUUUUGUUGUCGCAAUAUACAGAUUAGUCCUUCAAAGGUUGUAGCUAAGUUGUGUCUCUAGCAGAAUGUAACAUAUGAUAGAGUGCUCUUAAUAAUGUUAAUUAAUAGAUAAACUUGGUACCCACAGUACCAUCAAUUAUGUUAUGCCAUGAGUGAUACCAAAAAGAUGGGUUCUUUCCCUGGCUGGUGUGGCUCAGUUGGUUGGGCAUCGUCCUGUGCACCAAAAAAUUGCUGGUUCAAUUCCUGGUCAGGGCACAUGCCCGGGUUGUGGGCUCAAUCCCCAGGAGGGUGAGUGCAGGAGGCGGCCAAUCAAUGUUUCUCUCUCACUUUGAUGUUUCUAUUUUUCGGCCCUUGUCCCUUCCUCUCUCUCUAAAAAGCAAUAAAAAGUAUUUUUUAAAGAUG